AUAAUAAAUGAUGAUAAGGAUUUAAGCCCAUAUCUCCACUCUCCCUCUCGUCACUUCCCAACUUUCCCAUCCGUUUUCCUUUUCAUUUUCCGACUAUCCAAACAAACGAACACCGAACAAAACAAAAAAACCUGAAACCUCUGCAAAAACCCAAAUGAAUCAUCCUCAGUCCCCGCAACCCCAAGACCCAUCGGACCCCCAACUCCCCCACAUCAGAAUCCACCACCCUAAUUCCCCACGCCACCACCCCAACUCUCCACGUCACCACACCUCAUCCGCAGGCUCCGCCGCCACUCCCACCCCCACUGCCGGCGCCCGCCGAAAGCUCGGGGUCGCUGUCGACCUCUCCGACGAGAGCGCCCAUGCCGUCCGCUGGGCCGUCGACCACUACAUCCGCCCCGGAGACGCCGUCGUUCUCCUCCACGUGAGCCCCACCUCCGUCCUAUUCGGCGCCGACUGGGGCUCCGUCGACCUCUCCAUCAAUACCAACGACGACGUUGACUUCGUCGACAACCACGCCUUAAACGACUCCGUCAAGCAGAAGAAGCUCGAGAAUGACUUUGAUGCCUUCACUGCUUCCAAGGCCGCCGAUCUCGCCAGGCCCUUGAAGGAGGCUCAGAUUCCCUUCAAGAUCCACAUCGUUAAGGACCAUGACAUGAAGGAGAGGCUGUGCUUGGAGGUCGAGAGGCUAGGGCUCAGUGCCGUGAUCAUGGGGAGCAGAGGGGUUGGUGCCGCGAAGCGUGGGAAUGACGGUAGGCUUGGGAGUGUGAGCGAUUAUUGCGUUCAUCACUGUGUUUGCCCUGUUGUUGUUGUACGGUUUCCAGAUGAUGACAAUGGUGCCGGUGCCGGUGCUGGUGGUUCUGCUGUUGCUCCUGCUGCUGUUGUUGCGGUUAAAGAGGAUGAGGAGGAAGAAGCCGUGAUCAAGCCAGUGGUAAAGGACGAGCAUAAAAAAGAUGCUUAGUAUGUAUUCCGAGUCGUAGUUGAAUCCUCUCAAGUACAGUUUGUGUAGAAGUUUGAGUCAACUGGGAUUGGCUGACACGUUGAGCCCAGACUGCAGGAGUCAAGACUGCUUUCUCUCCUCUCCAACAGCUCUUUCUCAAACGUAUGAAUUUCUGGGAGGAUUGAAGAUGCUAUUUGUAUGGUGAAUGAGGUUUAUGGGAUUCUGUGAGGCCUUUCCUACUUUGUUCGAUUGCUUUGUGACUCAUUUGUCUCCCUUUAGUUUCAAGGAUGUGCUUGUUGUUGCUUGCUAGUAUGCAAAUUUAAUUAUUAGAUCUUUUUGUGUCCAAUAAUUUUCUCAUCAGAAAUUGCUAGACAUGUUUAUUAAUUUGUAUGGCUAGACAACCCUAAAUCAUUUGGUAUGAAAAGGUACUUUCUUUUCUACCAUAAUUUGGACCGCGUAAUAUUUUGAAGCCAUUCAUUUUUCUCGUGUCCA